CUCGAUCAUGUGGAAAAUUUCCAUUUGUGUCUUUCUGAAUUUCCUGGCAACUGCAACGAAAAAGCAUCCUCUGUGGCGAGGAAGAGGAGGAUUCUAUAUAGCGAAUCACUCCGCAGAGCACACUUCAUCGAAUCAUCGUUAAGCGAGAAUUAAAGUGGGUGGAACACAAAGGAGAACGAUGAGUGGAGACGAAGGACCACUGCCAUCUUCCUGUUCAUCAACUUAUCUCGAGUUCGAUGCCUUCUUGAGCUUCAAACAGGAAGACACCGGCGAUCUUCUUGCUGGCCUUCUGUAUGAAGCGCUGGUGGAUCGCGGCGUGCUGACUGUCUUCGAUGAGGAAGACGCGAAGAAGGAAGAGAACAUCAACCGGUUACUUACGUGCAUAGAGGUGUCGAAGGUCUUCGUGCCCAUCUUCUCCAUCAACUAUGCUCAAUCCAGAUGGUGCCUACAAGAGAUCGCCAAGAUGGUCGAGUGUAGGAGAUGCAUCGUCCCUGUUUUCCUUGGCGUCGAUCCUUCAGAAGUCCGAUAUCAAACAGGGACGUACGGCAGUUACUUUGCGCACCAUGAGGUGUAUGAAUCGGAAGAGGAGGUGGAGAAAUGGAGGCAAGCACUCAACGAAGCAGGGAGUUACCCUGGCUUCCAUUUCAGCAAAGAAAUCGACAGCAGGCAAGAAAAGAAGGUAAUCCCUCUUGUUGUUAAAAAGGUUCUUAAAAAGCUGAAGAAGACCUUUUCCAAUGUCGCCGAGCACCCAAUUGGCAUAGAAUCGCGUGUUGAGGAUGUCAUGCAGUUGUUGAACCUGGGGGAUGAAGGCCUCCUCGUGGUUGGAAUCCAAGGGAUUGGAGGGAUCGGGAAGACAACGAUUGCCAAAGCCAUUUCCAAUGAACUCUAUGACAGAUUCGAAGCCAGAAGCUUCAUUUUUGAUAUUAGAGAAAAAUCACGCUUACCCGGUGGCCUUGCCGCUAUGCAGAGGAAGCUCCAUGAAGAUAUUUCAAAAGAUUCUAUUUCCGCUGGCACUGCUGAAACGGGAACUCUGACGGAAAGAGUUCUUGUUAUUCUCGAUGAUGUUGAUCAUACGGACCAAAUUCAUUCAUUAAUGGGGGAGAAAGUUCAGUUUGGUCCUGGCAGUAGGAUUAUAAUCACAACAAGGUAUGAAGAGGUACUAGUUAUGAGUGGAGUGCACGAGGAUCAAAUCUAUAAGCCAAAAGUACUGGACAGUGCUCAAUCCCUCCAACUAUUCUGCUAUUAUGCUUUUGUGAGUGACCAGCCACCGCAAGAGUUUGCGGAGUUAUCCGGAAAGGUCGUGGAAGUUACUGGUGGCUUGCCAUUAGAGCUUGAAGUAUUUGGUGCACUGUUUUAUGACAUCAAAUCCAAGGAGGAAUGGGAGGAAAUGUUGAAAAAGUUGCAGGAAGUUCGGCAUGAGGAAAAUGUACAUAAAUUAAGAAUGAGCUAUGAAAGGUUGGAUGAAAACGAGAAGUGCAUAUUUUUGGAUAUAGCAUGCUUUUUCAUCGGACGAGGCAAAGAAUAUGCAAUGCAUAUGUGGGAGGACUGUGGGCUUUUCCCGCAUAGUGCAAUUGAGGUCCUUAUUCAUAAAUCUCUUGUUAGAAUCGAUGACCAAAAAGAUGAAUUUGCAAUGCAUGAUCAAAUUCGAGACAUGGGAAGGGAAGUAGUUCUAAGUGAAGGAAUCUGUCAGAGCAGGUUCUGGGACGUGGAUAGAGUCUCAAAGGCACUGCAAAACCAUGAUGAAACAGGGCAACAUAUUGAAGGCAUUGUGCUCAAUUUAGAAGAGGGGAGCUCGACGUAUUUGAGUGCCAAAGCUUUUGAAGCAUUAUCAAACCUUAGAAUGCUUCGUGCCAAUUUUGUCAAUUUUGAAGACUGUGACUUUCACCAGCUUCCAGAAAAGCUGAAAUGGCUGGAAUGGAGAGGAUGCCCGCUAGAAUCUCUCCCACUGAACUGCAAAUUUAAAAAACUUUCUGUCCUCAUUCUGUCUCAAAGCAAUAUUAGCCAAUUAUGGAAGGAGCAGUCAGGACCACCUCAAACUGAGCCAGACAUCUACUUGAACCAGAAAAAAGGGGUAUUUAAUGGAUUGAAAGUCCUCGAUCUCUCUUCUUGUUCUUAUCUCAGCAGCAGCCCUGGCCUUGCGAGUGUUCCAAACCUACAGAAGCUGAUACUUGAUUACUGCUCUAACCUAACUGAAGUUGAUGAAUCCAUUGGCUGCCUCAAGAACUUGACAUUCUUGAGUAUGAGGAUGUGUGAAAACCUGAAUAAAUUGCCCAAGAGCAUGCAUCAUUUGGUUUCACUUAAAAUCCUCAACCUGAGAUAUUGCUCCAAACUUUUUGCCUUGCCAGAGCAAUUCCCUUCUUCCUUGGUCACUCUUGAUGCCAAAGAUUGUACUGCUUUGAAAAUAACUCCUAAUUUCUCAAACUUGACAAACUUAGAGACAUUGAACUUACAAGGUUGCAAGAAUAUCAUCGGCUUUCGUGGUCUUGGAGACCUCAAAUCCAUAAAAUGCUUGCUUAUGGACGGAUGUGAAGGCUUUAGCUGUGGUUUCUUGGAGAGCUUCAAGGGUAAACGGUUUAAACACUUGGAGCUGCUCAGCACGACUGCUAGUUUGACUUUCUUCGAAUCAACUGAACAUUUCAUUUUCUUGUUGCCAUGUAGAUCUAACAAUGAUCCUCUGCUAGUGGACAGUGUACAUUGCCAUGGCCAUGCCGUCCGCCGUGAGGGCCAACAAAGCUGCAAUUCAAUACUCAUCUCCAUGAAAUUCCAUGAUGAUAAUGAGCUGGUCUUUGUGACAAAAAAAGAAGCUUAUCGUGACACCAAUAAUGAUCUCGGUGACCAACAUCGUGGAUAUUGCUAUUCUGUCAAUGUCAACGGCUUCGAUGAGACGGUUCCCUAUGUGGCAGCUCAAUGCGACAUGAUAAGUGUUUCAACGUCUGACGGGAGCUUGCUUACCAGAGUUGACAUUAAACUUCGUCACAGGGAUUACUGGACAAAAGCUGAGAGCCAUGUUCAGGAGGGUGGAAUUCCUUCUGAGACAUCAUCACCAUGAACAUUCAAGAAAUGAAUCAGACAAGUUGGGAGAUCAAAUCUUCUUCUUCGGAGUUUUCUAUGGAGCAUAGCAUGAUCUGUGGCGAUACGACCAACUUUGAUGCAUGGCCACAUUCCCGCUCAAUCACUUAACACAAAAGCCAGAUCAGCUCAAUUCGUGGCUCGGUUAAUUUGAUCUGAGCUGUGGUUGAAGAACGCAGUUCAUGUUGAUCAGCCACAAGCAAGUACGAGCCUUCCUGUUUGAAAAGAUCUUGUAUUUGUUUUCUCAGAUUUCUGAUUGUUUAGGCAUCUCAUCGUAUGGACAGGAGACAUAGAUGGACCUAAGGUCAAGGAGUGCUUAGGACGUUUUGUUGCCCCAAAUGUUGUAAAAAACCAGAUCCCAUCGCAUGUAAUGUAGGAUGUCUAAAUGAAACCACAACUGUAUUAGCCCAUCAGUUACAUAUUGGACACUAAUAAAAUAAUAAAAU